AUGGCGGCAGGUCAAAAGCUGUAUCCUCGGGCAACGGUGAAGAAAAUUGUGAAGGCACACUCGAACCGCAAUGUCUCUAAGAACGUGGACGUCUUGAUAUUCCUCGACUAUGCCCUGUUUCUACAAACUUUGAUGAAGGAGGCCACGAUCAAUGCCAAACAAGCGGGAGAGCGCGGCGUCAGCGCGAAGAGUGUAAAGAAGGUGACAGAGUUGUCUCUAGCAAAAUUCAAAGGAUGA